AUGCUAGCUGUGCAGAAGAUAAUGGAGGCUGGUUGCAGAAUGAUGUAUUCCAGGCAUCUUGGGAGUUGCAAGGGAUUGAAUACUGGUUUUUGGUACCAUGUACUGGGAAAUGAAGAUAAUGAAGUUGAAGAUCAAGAUGGAGAAGACUAUGAAGAUGCAGAGGAGGAAGAGGAAGAGGACGAGGACGAGGACGAGGAUGGAGGGGAAGAUAGUGAUGAUGACGACUCGGAUGCUAAUGCUGAGAUAGUUGACCGAAAAGGCAAGGGAAUUAUGACGGAUGACAAGGGUAAAGGAAAAUUAGUUGAGGUGUCACAGGAUUCAAGUGACUCUGGAAGUGAAUCUGAUGCUGACAGUGAUCUCUCAGACGAUCCACUUGCUGAGAUUGAUUUGGACAACAUUCUACCAUCUAGGACGCGGCGGCGCGUGGUUCAGCCUGGAGUUCAUAUUUCCAAGGAUCAAGGUGCCAAGGAGGACGAAGAUGACAGUGAUUAA